AUGGAGGGCAUUAUGCGGACCUGUUCGUUCCUGGCAAAUCAUUGGCCAGCCUUUCUUGAACUAAUCCCAAAUCAAUUGCAAACACCGGCUUCCUUCUUUUACCCUUCUGAAUGUGUAUUGAUAUCUAUCUAUCUAUCUAUCUAUCUAUCUAUCUAUCUAUCUAUCUAUCUAUCUAUUUCAGUCUGUUCAUAUCUAUCUAUGUCUGUUUAUAAAUUUGACAUGUUUCUAUCUAUCUAUCUAUCUAUCUAUCUAUCUAUCUCAGUCUGGACUUUGUUUUAUAUCUGCCUACAUCCCUUCAUAUCUAUCUAUCUACCUAUAUCCGUCCGGUCCUAUCUAUCUACCUAUCUACGUUCAGUCCUAUCUAUCUAUCUAUAUAUCUAUCUAUCUAUCUAUCUAUCUAUCUAUCUAUCUAUCUAUCUAUCUAUCAAGGUCAGUUCGUAUCUAUCUAUCUAUCUAUCUAUCUAUCUAUCUAUCUAUCUAUCUAUCAAGGUCAGUUCGUAUCUAUCUAUCUAUCUAUCUAUCUAUCUAUCUAUCUAUCGUUCCUUCCACAAGGCAGCAGCUCUGAGGAAGAAUCAGUGUAAUCUAUCUAUCUAUUUAUCUAUCUAUCUAUCUAUCUAUCUAUCUCAAAGUGUUCUUAUUUCUCUAUUUAGUAUUUUUUUAAUCUCUAUCUGUCUGUCUUACUCCCUCUCUUUCUCCUUUUCUCUCUAG